GAGAGUUGCCAGUGAUUUACAGCUGAGCCUGUGGGUGAAGGUCAACAUCAGCACUCAGGAACUUUGGGAAGAAAUGCUCGGUUCCAAAGGAUUAACUGUUGUUGACGUCUAUCAAGGCUGGUGUGGCCCCUGCAAACCUGUGGUGAGCCUCUUCCAGAAGAUGAGGAUCGAGGUUGGACUGGACUUUCUGCAUUUUGCAUUAGCGGAAGCAGAUUGUCUUGAUGUCCUUGAAAAAUAUCGAGGGAGGUGUGAGCCAACCUUUCUGUUUUACGCGAUUAAAGACAAGGCUCUGUCUGAUGAAGAUGAAUGUUUUCCCCACAUAAAGGACGAUGGUGAAGAUGAGAACAUGGUGUCAUCAGAGAAGACCUGUACCUUGGCAAUCAUUAAACCAGAUGCAGUGGCCCACGGAAAGACUGAUGAGAUUAUUAUGAAGAUCCAGGAAGCUGGGUUUGACAUUUUAACAAAUGAAGAGAGAACCAUGACCGAGGCAGAAAUGCGACUUUUCUACCAACACAAAGCUGGAGAGGAGGCAUUUGAGAAGCUGGUACAUUACAUGUGCAGUGGACCCAGCCACCUCCUGAUCCUCACCAGUACUGAGGGCACCGAGGACGCAGUCACUGCCUGGCAGACCCUCAUGGGGCCCUGUGACCCCAAUGUGGCCAGGAUGGAGCAGCCUGAAAGUCUCCGUGCACAGUAUGGCACAGAAAUGCCCUUUAAUGCAGUCCAUGGAAGCAGGGACAGAGAAGACGCCAACAGAGAACUGGCAUUGCUCUUCCCCAGUUUUAAGUUUUCAGACAAAGAUACAAAAGCCUCUCAGGGCAGUGAGGUGGAAGGAGCAGUGGGCCCCCCUGAGGCACUUCGCUUUCCUGAGGACAUGGAUUGAGAUGGCCGUGAAGCUCUUCUGGAGCAUGUAACUGGGGCUGAAAUGUCAGUGCACCGUGUCUCCUGCACAGAAGGAACCUCCAGCAUCAGAGCUUACUCUUUUGAGCACCAAUACUUUUUUGGUUAAGCUGUCUUUCAUGGACAAUGAAAAUAAUACUAUAUACUUUCCGGCCUUAUUAAACAGUAUAUAGAACAUACACUUUUUUUUUUCUGUCUCUGUGAUUUUACAAAAUAAAUGGACAUCAGUUAUUGUA